GACUGUGAAAAACCAGCGUUGUCUCGCGCAUUUGGUUACAGAGAAAAAGGGAAGGCGCAAACACUGCAACCAACUUCAGAAACUCUAGACCAAGAAUAUAUCGCAAUUAAAUCGGAAUCGAACUAUUUUUAAGACAUGGGCAACAGAGAUGAUGAAUACGAUUUCUUGUUCAAAGUGGUGCUGAUCGGAGACUCUGGUGUGGGGAAGAGUAACCUGCUGUCCCGUUUCACACGGAAUGAGUUCAACCUGGAGAGCAAAAGCACCAUCGGUGUGGAGUUUGCCACCCGCAGCAUUCAGGUAGACAGCAAGACGAUAAAGGCCCAGAUCUGGGAUACAGCUGGACAGGAGCGCUACAGAGCCAUCACCUCAGCGUACUACAGGGGGGCAGUGGGGGCUCUCCUAGUGUAUGACAUCGCCAAGCAUCUGACCUAUGAAAAUGUGGAGCGCUGGCUGAAGGAGCUCAGGGAUCAUGCUGAUAACAACAUCGUCAUCAUGCUGGUGGGCAACAAGAGUGACCUGCGCCACCUCAGGGCAGUUCCCACAGACGAGGCUCGUGCCUUUGCAGAGAAGAAUACGUUAUCAUUUAUUGAAACAUCAGCUUUGGACUCCACUAAUGUGGAAGAGGCGUUCAAGAACAUCCUCACGGAAAUCUACAGAAUCGUAUCACAAAAGCAGAUAGCUGACAGAUCAGCACAUGACGAGUCUCCAGGCAACAAUGUAGUGGACAUCAGUGUCCCCCCCACCACCGACAUCAUUGCACCCGCGAUAGAAGAGCACACGUUUUUUUGACCAUGCUGUGCGACGCUCCUCAGCUACUGCAGAUUCCAUCCUUAAUGAAUAAUUGAAUAUAAAUUACAAAUGAUCCACAUCAAUAUGUUAAAAACAGUGGCAAAAUUAACGAGAUUAAAACAUUAAACAAAAACAAAGUCUACAAAUCUGGUAUGUUGCGCCUUCUACAUACGAGCAUGACAAUACCCAGGAAUCUUUGUUGAGUCUUCAAAUCAAAAACAAAAUCUGAGGAGCAAUAUCCAACAUUUUACAAUAUCAGUAAUGCUUUUAAAUCCCUUUCAAAGUCAGUGUUAUAAGACUAUAUAAACAACCAACCUGUAUUUAUUUCCAUGAUAGUUUUGUGAAAGUGUCAUUUGAUAUAUAAAACAAGAAUCAAUGCUUCUUUGGAGAGAAGGACCCGUUUGAGUUAGCGGUUAGAACACUGGAGUAAUGAGGCAAGUACGUCUCUGAGCUGCCUUCAAAGGGAGCAGUGUUGCAUAUUGUAGGCAACUCAGACUCACAUAGCAAAAGAAAACAUCAUAUCAUGGCCCUCUCAGACUGCACAAGUGAGCAAACUGCUAUGAUCCUUCAUAUGCACUAGCUUCUACAUUAUAUUUCUGAUUUCAUUACAUAUCUUUAAGGUUAUACAGUGAGGGGAAAAAGUAUUUGAUCCCCUGCUGAUUUUUUACAUUUGCCCACUGACAAAGAAAU